CUAGCAUGGCGGCACAAAAUCCGGAUUUUCAUUUUUAUCGUUAUUAAAUCGUGAUUUUCGGCUAAAUCAAAAGCCUUUUCGUCGUUCUGCAGUGCCAGGCUCAUAUUGUUUUUAUUGGAGAUCAGUGUCCUGCCUAAGAUGUCGCGUCCACGUCCCGGGCCAUCUCAUGGAGCGGAGGGGGAGAACAGGCUUUUUACCAGACCUGACCUGUCAGUAAGUGAUAUCUUUCUAAAAGAUUCACCACUCCCUCGAGUCGAGGACCAGAGUAAAGCAAUGCGGAGACAGUCAGCUCUGAGAGUCCAAAGAUCCAUCCAACUUCUCGAUGAGGCAGUUGGGUCGACCCCUGGCUCUUCCCUUCGACCUGGGACCCAUCGAACACCCUCCAAUAGGAUGAAUGUCUCCACCCCUGGAAAAUCCCUGAAUUUAUCUGGGCUGUCUUAUCGAUCUGAUACCUCAAUCCUACCGGGGAAGAGUCUGUUAGCUACACCAGGCAAGAGGAGCUUCAUGGCUGACGCAUCAUGUAGGGACAUGUCUGAGUUUGAUGCAGCAGGAACAACAAAUGUGUUGGUCCUACAGGAGGAGGACCCAGGCUUAGCAGCAUCUGCUGGUCUCUAUGGUGACUUCAUGCAGAGUAUGAAGAAUUUCUCCUCGCCUCACCAAGUUUUUGAUCUCCUCUCAGACUAUGAGACGUUAUGUUCUGAUCAGACGGCCUUACUUACCAAACUGGGCAAGCGGACAGUACCAGGACGAACUAAAUUUUCUCAUAUCAUCAACACAAUGAACCAUCUCAAGGAAGAGAAGUCUACGUGGGCAUUGUUAUAUUCCUUGUACACAGAUAAACAUGACAUUGAGAGCAGAGGUGAUGAGGCUGAGGAGAUGAUGAUUGACAGUGUAGGUAAAUACACAAGUGACAAGCAGAUUGUUGAGGCGUUAUACAGUCGGGACACAGUAACAAGACAGGCACAGAUUGUUGUUGAUUGGCUUGAAAAGAAAGCGGAAGAAUCAUUAGAAAACUUCUACUCACAAGUAGAAUUCUUCACAGAUAAAUCUGGUGCAUGGGAGAACACCCUCCAUUACCUCCGGCAGACCCAGGGGGGUGUGCCCUCCUCCACACAUCGACAGAUAGUGACAGAGAUGGAUCCCGAUGCCCCAGUCAGAGAGAACAAACCUCUUGCAGACCUCGAUCGAGAAGAUGAAGACCGCCUGUUUAAAUACCUGUUUGCCUUUUGGAGGGCUGGACAGUUGGAUGAGGCGCAGAAGCUCUGUACCAGAUGUGGUCUGGCCUGGCAGGCUGCCGCCCUGGAAGGCUGGCGGCUGUAUCACGACCCCAACUAUGAUGGCUAUGGUGCUGACGGUGAAGUCCAGCCUGUCGAGGGCAACCCUUACAGAGAUGUGUGGAGGAAGAUAUGCUGGGGUAUGGCAGAAGAGGAGAAGUUUCAUCCAGAGGAACGAGCCAUGUACGCCAGUUUUUGUGGCCACCUCCGUCAACUUUUAAAGUCAUGCAAGUCUUGGGAAGAUUAUGUGUGGGCUUACUUCAAAGUGCUUAUAGAUAUCAGGGUCGAUCGGGAAAUCCGGUUGAAUACAACAGUUAGCCGGACGCUGGAGACAUUGCCAGAUACUUACAUGGAUCAGGUGUCAGAUUUCAGUGCCGUUUUCAAAGAAAUCGAGGCAUCACACAAUGAGGUUGUAAGAAAACAGUCUCAGGACUCCUACCAUUCGAUCCAAAAACUGGUCAUCCUGGGCGAGAUGGACGAGUUGAUGGAAUAUAUGUAUCUGCUGUGUAAGAGUCCACACUCAUCGCCUCCACCUCACCUUGUCAGGUUCAUGGCCCACAUUGUCCUUUUCCUCAGAAUGGUUGGAUAUGACUCAAAGGAGGAGUACGCUGUGACUAUCCUGGAGGUCUAUGUACAGCACCUGAUCAAUGAAGAGUAUGACUCUCUUAUAGCAACCUACGUAUCCACACUGCCAUAUUCUGCUCAGAUUGUUUGGUAUGCAAAGUACUUGGAAGGUAUACAGGACAAAGAAAAGCGCCAAGCGGCUCUCCAGAUGGCUGAAGAUGCUGACCUGGACAUUGCCACGAUUACGAAGACUGUGGUCGAGAACAUUCGAAAUAAAGGCCCUGUUCAGUUCACUACUGAUAACAAGACCGAGUUGGAAGCUUCUACCUCAGAGGAAGACCGUGUUAAAAUCGAAGCAAUUGACUGGCUUGUCUUUGACCCGUCUCAGCGAGCUGAGGCACUACGGCAGGCCAAUGCGGUCAUGAGAGGGUUCCUUGCCCUGAAGAAGCAUGCUGCCGCCAGGGAGGUGUUUAACAAGAUUCCUCCAGGCUCCAUCGAGGUGAUCACGCGUAACUGGCAGAUGCAAACGGGGACUGCUGAACUGCCAGCUGAGGAUGAGAAUGCCAUCAGGGAAUAUCUAUGCAUUCAAGCAUUCUUGGAUGCCAAUGAUUCUUUCAAUGACUGGUUCGCCCAUUACCACAAUACUAAGCCCAGCAAGCCAGACGUCCCAAAUGGUGCAAACUUCACAGAGAUGAUCGCUUAUGAACACAAAGUGAAACAAUACGAAGCUGAGCUGGACAGAUGGAACAACGCAGUGGAUGGUUAUACAAAGAUGGCAGUCGAUAGGAUUUAUAAUGUGCUCCUAUUUGUUGAUGGCGGAUGGAUGGUCGACGUUCGUAAACUCGACAAGGAAACCCAAGCUGAUCUCACUCGCCUCCACCAUCUAAGCCUGCUGCGACAGCUGUGUAUCCCACCACUAGUGUUCCUGCUGGUCACCGUCCUCCACACCACUGGACAGUACAGAGAGGUACUUGAGGUUGCCAACAUCCUGUCCUCUGAGCAACACAAGUUAUAUUUGACGUUUCGCCAGGAUGAAAUACGUAAAUUCCUUGGAAUGUGUACGGAAGCUUCAAGACAACUUUUGGACCAGAACUGCGACCCAAUGGGAUAUAAGUAUUGAGAUUCGUUAGUGAAAGAUGUGAAAAGAUAAUAUGCUGGAUGGUACAAGAUGGCCCUGUGCGCUCAAAAAGACAGAACUGGCACCUUUGACCUAGUGGGGCACAAAAAUUAACAUUUCACUGUGAAGGACAAGACAAUAUUAUAGGAUAUGCUGAAUGUGGUACCUGACUGGUCUGCGCUGUUGUCUAUGUUGUUUUGUGAGAUAGAAAAAAGUGAAUGUUCGUUGGUGUGACACAGGUUCUAUUCCAGGAGCCUGUUUUGUUGGUGGAAUAUUUCACAGUGGUCUGAUUACAUUGGACAAUCGGGUUAAGACCAGGAAAUAAUGACUUACGUCUAUGAUUGGUGUUGUGCUCCAUAGGUCAACAAACACUUUUGUAAGCUCUUUUGAAUAAAAGUACA